CGCGCAGACACAUACAGUCGAUCGAUUCAAUUGAUCCACAUCAAGACCUCUCCUACCUGGCAAAAUGCCCCCAUAUGAGAGCGACUCCUCAAGCGACGAUGGGGAAGACUACUCAACCACCAAUGUCACCCUUGGAUAUGCCAGCGCAGAUUCAACCGGCGACGACGUCAGCCACUUAGGUGGCUAUCCUACCUGGCUCGAUGCUAAACAGACUCCUUCCGCUGCGCUUUCCAAGUGCAAAGUCUGCAACGGAUAUAUGUCGCUGCUCCUGCAACUCAAUGCCGAUCUUCAACAGUACUUCCCUCACGACGAGCGACGCCUCCACGUGCUGUCUUGUAGGAAGAAAACAUGUUCAAAGAAAAUUGGUAGUGUCAGGGCUUUCCGAGAAGUGAGAAAGGGCGAGACGCGCGAGAAGAAGGGCAAACAACCAGAGCAGGUCGAAACGAAGAAGGCGACACAGGAUCUCGGCGCUGCUCUAUUUGGUGGGUCAGGCCCGUCACCCUCCAUGAAUGGUGCCAACCCAUUCUCGACAUCCAGUACCAGUACCAGUACGCAGUCGCAAGCAAACCCUUUCUCGUCGCUGGGAUCGCCUUCGGCGCUGGCCGCAAAGCCGCCGCAGCGUCCAGGGGAUGAGAUUCAGCCGCCUACAGAAUCCUUCGCAGACAAACUUAGAAUAACAACAAAGCCCGAGUCGAGCGGGAAGGAGAAAGAACCCUCAGAAGCUUGGCCCGACAACUCUCAGUUUCCACCUGCAUUUACGUCCUUCUACCUCGAUGCGUACCCUGAAGAACUAGAAAAAGAACAGGCCACAGACUCAAAGGCAGAAUCGUCCAAGAUCCAAUAUGACACGGAAGAGGGCGGUAGCGGCACAGGUUUUGAAAAAGACACCUUCGAAUCCUCCUUGGACAAGACGUUCCAGAAGUUCUCCGAUCGAGUCGCUCAAAAUCCCGAACAGGUACUACGCUACGAGUUCAAGGGCGAGCCAUUACUCUACUCGGGCAGCGAUGGUGUUGCCUCAAGAUUCGUUGUUCCUCACGGCAAAUCAGGCGCGGUAAGAGGGAUGCCCAGGUGUGAAAGCUGUGGCGCGCAGAGAGCGUUCGAGUUACAGCUUGUGCCUGGGUUGAUAUAUGAGCUAGAAAAAGAUGAGGCCAUGGACCUGGAAGAUGGAAUGGAAUGGGGAACGGUGAUCGUCGGCACAUGUGUGAACAACUGCGGUGUGCCAGGACAGGUGUCGUUCCGAGAAGAAUGGGUUGGAGUCCAGUGGGAAGAAAGAGUUGCCGGGAAGUAAGGUGUCAGCUGCGGACCGGUGCGCAACGAGACAUCUCAUCUACCGCUGAGAUAUCGAGUGGUAUGGAAAGGAUUGAUUCUCUUUGCCGUUGGAUGCAAUACCCACAGUGAGGUCUGCUAUUAGCAGCCGCUAUGCAGCCGCUGUCC